CGCUGCCAACUGAGAAUAACACACACACUGCAAGAAUUAACCAGAGAUAAACAUUUGGUCUUUUUUUCUCUGCUAUCUUCUUUGAAUCCAACAAGAAAAUGUUUAUUGAGAGCUUCAAGGUUGAGAGCCCGGACGUUAAGUACGCAGAGGGUGAGAUUCAUUCUGUGUACAACUAUGAAACCACAGAGCUUGUUCAUGAGAACAGAAAUGGCGCCUAUCAGUGGAUUGUCAAGCCCAAGACUGUUAAAUAUGAGUUCAAGACUGAUACCCAUGUCCCUAAAUUAGGUGUUAUGCUUGUUGGAUGGGGUGGUAACAAUGGUUCAACCCUCACUGCUGGUGUCAUUGCGAAUCGGGAAGGGAUUUCAUGGGCAACCAAAGACAAAGUUCAACAGGCCAACUAUUUUGGGUCACUGACUCAGGCAUCCUCAAUCAGAGUUGGGUCCUUCAAUGGAGAAGAGAUCUAUGCUCCAUUCAAGAGCUUGCUCCCCAUGGUCAACCCAGACGACAUAGUGUUUGGGGGAUGGGACAUCAGCAACAUGAAUUUGGCUGAUGCCAUGGGCAGGGCCAAGGUGUUGGAUAUUGAUCUCCAAAAGCAGCUCAGGCCCUACAUGGAACACUUGGUCCCACUCCCUGGAAUCUACGACCCUGAUUUCAUUGCUGCGAAUCAGGGAGCACGUGCCAACAGCGUGAUCAAAGGAACCAAGAAGGAACAGGUUCUACAAGUCAUCAAAGACAUGAGGGAGUUUAAGGAGAAAAAUAAGGUGGACAAGGUAGUGGUUCUUUGGACAGCCAACACAGAGAGAUACAGUAAUGUUGUUAACGGGCUAAACGACACAAUGGAAAACCUUAUGGCCUCCUUGGAUAGGAACGAGGCUGAGAUAUCUCCUUCAACCUUGUUUGCUAUAGCUUGUGUUCUUGAAAAUGUCCCUUUCAUCAAUGGCAGCCCACAAAACACUUUUGUUCCAGGGCUGAUUGAGUUGGCCAUCCAGAGGAACAGUUUGAUUGGUGGAGAUGACUUCAAGAGUGGUCAAACCAAGAUGAAAUCAGUGCUAGUUGAUUUCCUUGUUGGAGCUGGUAUUAAGCCAACAUCCAUAGUUAGCUACAACCAUCUGGGAAACAAUGACGGGAUGAACCUAUCUGCCCCGCAAACUUUCCGGUCCAAGGAGAUCUCAAAGAGCAACGUGGUGGACGACAUGGUUGCCAGCAACGGCAUCCUUUACGAACCGGGGGAGCACCCUGAUCAUGUUGUUGUCAUCAAGUAUGUGCCGUAUGUGGGAGACAGCAAGAGAGCAAUGGACGAGUACACAUCGGAGAUAUUCAUGGGAGGGAAAAGCACCAUAGUUUUGCACAAUACUUGCGAGGACUCUCUUCUCGCAGCUCCCAUCAUCCUGGAUCUGGUCCUCCUUGCUGAACUCAGCACCCGCAUUCAGCUCAAAGCCGAAGGAGAGGGAAAAUUCCACUCCUUCCACCCCAUCGCCACCAUCCUCAGCUACCUAUCAAAAGCCCCCCUUGUACCUCCAGGGACACCAGUUGUGAAUGCACUUUCAAAGCAAAGGGCAAUGCUUGAGAACAUUUUCAGGGCUUGUGUUGGAUUGGCUCCUGAAAAUAACAUGAUUUUGGAAUACAAGUGAGGAUUUGAGUGUGAAGAUUGGUUCAAGAUAUGAGCAUAGGACCAGCUUCCUCUCUUCUUUUUGGCUUUUUUUGUUUAAAAAAAAAACAUAUAUAUAUAUAUAUAUAUAUAUAAUUUAGCUAAGUGUUGGGAUGUAAUAUUAUGGCCCCUAUAUUUUCCUUUUUCUUUAAUUUUAUUAUUCUUCUUCUAGUUUCUUGUAGCUAUGACAAGUGUAUUUUAUUUGUUUGAGCUCGUUUUGAGUUUAACAGUUCUCAUAUUAGAAAUAUAUGAAACUAUUGGUCCU